AGGGCGGAAGAGUCGUAAAUUUGGGGAAUUCCUGUGAGGAAGUGACAGACGGAACAGCUUUCUCUCUCUCUCUCUCUCUCUGCCGUGGUGUUUACACACCUUUUCGCUCCAGCACUGUGUGCGCGAGGUUGAGCUAUGCGGGAGGGGGCGUUCUCCUGUGAAAAUGUUUAGUUUCUUUUGGCGCUGACGCUGUUCUCCAGCAAUGGGCAAACAUCUGAGACUGCAUUGAGACAGAGCUAGGGAGAAAUAGAGAGCAAUAAACAGCGCUGAGCGAUUCAGCAGUUAUGGAGUCUUCCAGGGGGAGCAGUUUCUCGAGUAUUUCGUCCAUCCUGGACGUGGUUCCCUAUCAGAAGUUGGUGGAUCUGCAUUAUAUCAGCAAGGGAAGCUAUGGCGUGGUGUUCAGAGCCCAGCACAGCGACUGGAGGAUGACUGUGGCAGUCAAGUGUCUACAGUUCGACUCUCCAAUGGAUGAAGGGGAAAGGAACAGUCUGUUGAAGGAAGCAGAGGUUUUGCACAGAGCCAGAUUUUCCCACAUAAUCCAAAUUUAUGGUAUUUGCAAUGAACCUGAAUUUAUGGGGAUUGUCACGGAAUACAUGAGCAAUGGGUCUUUGGACCAACUGCUUUAUCAGAAAGAUACAUAUCCAACACUUCCUUGGUCACUGAGACUUCGCAUAUUGUAUGAAAUUGCACUGGGAGUGAAUUUCCUUCACAACAUGAACCCACCAUUACUGCAUCAUGAUCUGAAGGCACAAAAUAUUCUGUUGGAUGGUGAAUUUCAUGUAAAGAUUGCAGACUUUGGGAUGUCAAAAUGGCGGCGUUUAACUCUGAGUAAAUCUUCAGGCCUUAAAUCUCCCACAGCAGGAGGAACUGUUAUCUACAUGGCCCCAGAGCAGUAUGAGCCUAACAAAGCAAAGCGUGCAGAUGUAAAACAUGACAUGUACAGCUAUUCAAUAAUAAUGUGGGAAGUCCUUUCAAGAAAACAGCCAUUUGAAGAUGCUACAAACCCAGUGCAGGUCAUGUUUAGCGUGCUGCAGGGUUCCCGACCUGAUACCAGUGAGGCGAGCUUACCAUUGGACAUCCCCAACCGGGAAACACUACUUCGGCUAAUGACUAGCGGCUGGUCUCAAAACCCCAAUGAACGGCCUUCCUUUAUUAAAUGUCUCAUGGAAUUGGAACCAGUGGUUCGAGCAUUUAAUGAACUGACUGUACUUGAAGAUGUUUUAUACCUUAAAAGAGUAAAAGUGAAUUGUAAUUCAAACAUUUUUCCACCAUCUUAUGAAAAAGUCAACGGAGACUUGAAGUCCCUUAAUAUACCAGUACAGGCUAUGAAUCUGAAGCCACAUUCCUUAUCCUCGCAUCAGGAAGAUAUCUCCUUUCAGCAGUCAGCGGGAGUUCUCCAUCAGUUUCCUACAGCUCCCUCACUUCCUUCAUACAACAUAAUGCCUUCAGUAUCAGAAAACAGUGAUAUCAGAAGCACAGAUGAAAAUGUUCUGUCCAGUUUAAAAUGUCAAGAUGAAGAAUUGUUCACACCAUCUUUAGUCACACCCAGUGAAGAAGACAAUUUGCCUCAGACUAUGAUAUGCCAACCAGAUGACACAUUUAUACCUAAAAAGGCAUUUUCUGAAAGUGAACCGGAGAGCGGACAAGGUUUGAUAAUGUUCCAACCUUCCACGAGUUUCAUCACAGAGAAUGUGUCUCACGGUGUGGCUCACCAUUGGAUUCAAAGCAAAAGGGAGGAUAUUAUCAAUCAGAUGACAGAAGCAUGUCUGAAUCAAGCCCUGGAUGCCCUGAUUUCCCGUGACUUAGUAAUGAAAGAGGAUUAUGAGCUCAUCAGCACCAAACCCACAAGAACAGCAAAAGUCCGACAACUCCUGGACACUAGUGACAACCAGGGAGAAGACUUUUCCAGAGUUAUUGUUCAGAAGUUAAAAGACAAUAAACAGAUGGGACUUCAACCUUAUCCAGAACUGUCUACAAUAUCCAGUCCAUCCUCCUUCUUGAGCCUGAUGUCAACUCAACUCAAAAUCAAAUGACUAUGAUUCAGUCGAAGCCGAAUGCUGCCCAUCCUGGAAAAGCUGAAAUAAAGAGAAUGCUGGAAAUGCUCAGCAGAUGAGAUGGGAUCUAUGGAUACAGUUAAUGUUUUCAGGUCAAUGACGUCUGCUGAGUAUUCUGAGACUGUUAUUCGGGUGUUUUUCCCUCAAAUCUUUUGUUGUCUUGGGUCAUUUAAGAAAUGUCAUGGGGGAUUUAAUGUCAAUUGUCUCUAUACUGUACUGAAGGCUGGACGCAUUGAAUGUUUUAGAAGUUGGUGUGCUUUUCCUUCAACCCAGGAACUGUGAAUUUUAUCACAGCAUCCAUGUAGUCAGGUGACUGCUCCACACUGUUGUCAAUGUUUAUGGUUGUCUAGACUUCCUUUUGUGAAUGCUGAUGUACCUUUACCAAACUGUUACAUUGAAUAAUGUAGAAUGUCUCACCUCGAAGGGAAUAGAGGCUUUUAUUGUUUGUGUUUCCUCACUAAACUCCAUUGAUUGCCUAAUGUGAGAUGACCCACAUCCUUGUUGAAUGAAUAUUAUCUUUACACAAUAAUCAGAAAUACAUUUUAGAAGGACUAAAAUUGAAACAUGUUGCUUUCUACCAGUUGCUAAGAGCGAGAUCCUUAUUAUCUUUUGCACAAAAACUAUAGAUAUGGGUUAAUUUGGAGAGCACACUCAUGGCUUGAGGGGAAAAAUUGCCUUUAAAUGGAAUGGGGACAUUUAAAAUAGUGGUUUUCAAAAGGCUUUCAGGAACACUUAAUUGUCAACUCAAUCCUUUAAAAAGAUUUGUUAAGACUAAAGGCGAGUCAAAAGGGGAACAGACAAAACUGAAGAUAGAAGAAAACAAGAUGGAAGGGGAGUUUGCAGAUGAGAGGUCUUGUUGGGCACUCAAACUCUGACUUGCUUCCUGAAGUGGCAGUCGUAGUGUAGGAUAGUCCUGCUUGUCACCUCAUGGUGCCAUUCGCAUCAGCAUGGUAAAAUGCCCUUCAAGAGCUUGAACUUAUUCCAGUGUUUACUCCUGAAUUUAAUGGCGCAACUCUGCAUUUGGCAUUCUGAUCUUGCUCCUGUGAAGAUAUGUCCCUGUGGUUGUUAGAGACAGCACAAAUAGUUGGUAAUGCCUUGGCAGGUAUGACCAGUCAUGCCAGACUGCCUGUUCAUAAGACUGGCAGCACCGUUAAAAACAUGGCAUCCUGUGAGUGGAUUAUGUCAUACCAUUAGACUACUUUGUAAGAACGAUCUCUGAUAAAGACCCACUGAUCAAUCUCACAAGCGAACUACACUCAUAGCAUUUUUGCCACAACAGAGAGGCUGUCGAUUAUGGUGAAAAUGGCGGAUGGGCUAGAGAAUUCCAGUACUGCCCAUCUUCAUCGUCAUAGCUCCCAGUGGAGUUAGCCAUUUCAAUCAGCAGCUGGCUCCACUCAAGUCAGCUUUUGGAGCCCAGGAAUGUGAAGCAUGAAGUAUGCAGUGUAGAUCUAGAAGAACGAUCCUCGUGCAUUUCUUUGGGUAGCCAGGAUGCCCCUUUGUGGAAGUAAGGUACCUGUACUGAUAUGGUCCCUGGACAGUUUUGGGAAGGUAACACAGUUUUCGGUUACCCUAUGUAAUCGACAAAAACACGCCUUAAAUGUGUAUGAAAUGCACUAACUUGGGAACUGUCAGACUGAUUGGAAAUGUCAGAAAACUUGUCAAAAUGAUCAGUCAAAAUUCUUAAGGCAUACAUUGGAAGUGUCGGGAGGACCUGUCAGAAACAACUGUCAAAGGGAGCUGUCAAGCAUUUAAAAGACCCCUUUUUAUACAUUUGAAGAAAAGUCUGGACUGGUUUUAAAAAAAAACUCAUUGUUCUGUUUGACAUCGUCUGUUGCCAUACACCUGAGAGCUUUCGUUACUGAAUUAACUUGCACAAUUGAUUUAACAACCAUUGCUUAUCGCACUGCCAAGUGUUAUUUCACAGUUUGACCACUACAAGCAGCUCCAGAUGCUUUGAAAAGGCACUAUGAAUUCCAAAGCCUGUUUAAAGGAUAGAGCUGUUGAGUGCAACUGUCCGGCAUUUUAUCAAUGAAGAAAGGUAAAUGUAGCAACUUUUUUUUUAGGAUUUUCAGUACAGUCUAAAGUUUGUAAUAAGUACUUAAAAUGAGGUUCAAAGAACAAAGAAAAUUACAGCACAGGAACAGGCCGUUUGGCCCUCCAAGCCUGCGCCAAUCAAGAUCCUCUGACUAACCUGCCAUCUAUUUUCUAAGGGUCUGUGUCCAUUUGCUCCCCGCCCAUCCAUGUACCUGUCCAGAUACAUCUUAAAAGACACUAUCGUGCCUGUGUCUACCACCUCCGCUGGCAACACGUUCCAGGCACCCACCACCCUCAGCGUAAAGAACUUUCCACGCAUAUCUCCCUUAAACUUCCUUCCUUUCACUUUGAACACAUGACCCCAAGUAAUUGAGUCCCCCACUCUGGGGGGAAAAAGCUUCUUGCUGUCCACCUCAAUCAGGUCCCCCCUCAAUCUGCGUCUUUCUAAUGAAAAUAAUCCUUAUCUCCUCAACCGUUCUUCAUAGCUGGCACCCUCUAUAAGAUAAUUAUUUGUCUCAUCUGUAUAUGAAUCCUGAGCUCUGCCCUUGAUGACUCAAGGGUAAGUUGAUGCAGGUAUUUGAUCAAAGAUUAAUGGGUGAGACACAUGUUGCCAAGUGUUGGCAGUAAAUGUUAUAGAGGGCAUAAUGGAUGCGUCCGGGAAGUUGGUUGACAUGAAGGCUAUAAGAGAUUACAGAGUGGGUACAAGGUCAUAGGUUGACGUGAAGGGUUAUGGAGGUGAGUAGGGGGGCAUUGAUUGGCAUGGAGCGCCUGAGUGCCCAGAUGUGGUUACAGGACAUGAAGUGGAACAGGUGAGCAUGGUGCAAGAGGAGCUACAACAGGGUUAGAGUUAGAGGGACAUUUAUAAUGUUUCACAAUGUUUAGAUUUUGCACAGCGGUGUAGCCCAGGAAUGGAUGUUCUGUGCAGUCUUACUCUGCACCUGACACCUCUUCAGUACUGUAACUGGACUGUAGUUCUGUAAGAGGCAAAGAUUCCCCCUGACUGUUUGACCUAGUGGACUUCAGACAAUCAAUGGCCCUCUCCAGCUAUUUGAAUCCUCAAACAGAGUAAUCAGUCAGAUUUGGAGACUGGUAUUCAUGUAUCGAUUUGUGGCUUGGCAAUGCACCUGAAACAAAAGCAACUAAUUUAUUUCAUUAGAACAAACAACAUUAAUUAACAAAACACAGAAAGAAUGGCUGUAAAUCAGAAACAAAAACAGAAAUUGCUGGAAAAGCUCAGCAGGCCUGGCAGCAUAUGUGGGGCGAAAUCAGUUAACGUUUUGGGUCAAGUGACCCUUCCUCAUUCUGACCCGAAGGUCACUCGACCUGAAAUAUUAAUUCUGAUUUCUCUCCACAGAUGCUGGCAGACCUGCUGAGCUUUCCCAGCCAUUUCUAUUUUUUGUUCAACAUUCAUUAAUUUUGGCUAUAGACAAUCCCAGGCAAUAGCAGAAGUGUUUCUCAUUGAAUAUAACAACACUGGCAGGUUGACACUUUGAAUCAACCUUUGUAUUUAUGAAGGACAUUUCGUUUAGCUCAAGCAGAACUGAUAUUUUGAUUCCAUGUAUAAUUCUGUUUAAGUUUCCUUCAUCCCGGACCUAGUGAUGUGAAUGGAGCUGAAAGAGAACAGAGAAAGAGUAUGUUUUGUCACGGGACCCAAUAUUAUGCUAUUCAGGCAGUAAUAUACCUUAGUGGUGACUUGGAUCCAUGGUGCCAGAUCCCAAGAUCUCUGCCCAAAUUAAUGGCUUGUCAGAGAAAGAAGUUGCUUGCAGAAAAAGAAGUUGCUUGCAGAAGUGGCUGAGUAUAAUAGAAUAAACCAUCUCUUCGAUAACUCGGUAUCCAUCUGUUGACCCUCCUUUUCUCCGAGCUCCUCAAAAGGGAAUUCCAAUCAGAGACGGCAAUAUUAAUUGUGCUGGAAACAGAAAAAAAAACUUUGAACACAUGUGAAUGAGACCUUGAAUAGCCUCCCUUGACUUUCUAAGUUGAAAAAAUGUGUAGUCUUGUGGUGAGGAGAGGGUAUCUGGGAUUUGAUUAGUAAAACAGAAACUCAGUAGACUGUAAGUACAAAUUUGGCUAUGUUUAAGUAUCUUCCUCUAUUCUGUUUCCUUUUAGAGGUUGAACAGCUUCAUGAUUGACACUGGACUUAUCCCUUAAUUAAAUCCUGAAGUGUUUGCAUUGCGGUGUGAUCUUUUUUCAAUAUUUUUCUAUAGUGAUGAGAGCUGCUAAUCCCUUCAUGAGCCUGAAAGAGAUUUGUAGUUUGCACUGUUAAAAUGUAAUCUAUUAAGCAUUUUUAUUUAUUAAUUUAGAUAAGUACUUAAAGGGUGAUGCUUUAAGAGAAUUAUAACUUGAUAUGCUACAGUGUUUUUAUUAAAAGAAGGAUUUAGGGUGAAGUUCUUUGCUGUAAGUGGGAUAGAUUUCUUGCCACUAAGCUAUGUAUUUCUUAACAUACUGGUUUUUUUCACUGUUCCUAUCACCAAAGCUUCUGUUGUAAUCUCUUCAGUUGCUCUAAUCUGGGAACAAUUCAACCAAGCUAAAACAAAUAAUGAUUACAAAGCUGUAUUGAUACUCUGGAUUUUUACAUUACAGACUAUGUUAACUAUCCACUGAGCGAGUGCCAGUUUUGUAUGUAAUGUAAAAUCUGUAAAGUGAUUUGAAUGCACUUUUUGUCAUAGAAAUUGUUUUAUGAUUUUAUGAAAGAUGUUCUUUUACAGCUUUAGAAUUUGGUUUAAAAACCUGCAAGACGUUUUAUUUCAAACUUGCCCACAUCUUGGUUCUACUGAUUCAUAUAAACCGAGAACAUGAAUUCCAUAAAUUGUUUG